AUACGACAGUCUAACCACUAAGCCGUACACCUGAAACCGGUACAAAAUAAAAUUGAAAGUAAAAAAAAAAAAAAUGAAAGCGAUCGGUCUGAAUGGAAAUAGACAGCCCUGGAAAGUAUGUCACAUGGCCUCAUUUCGUGCCUUGUCAGUCCUGUGAAGUUGACAGUGCUGGCAGCUGAGGACUCUCAGACUCCUUGUGCCCAAAGUCUCACAACGUGGGAGUGGCCUCGUUGAGCCUCGAACCAAGGUUCACUGCCAAGCCAUUGCCAUAAACCAGGAAGCCAUAAAGUCUUCCCAGAACUGCUCAGGGGACAGUACCCUUGAACCCAGCCCUGCAAGAUGUUGGCUGAAUGUGUGGUUUUCAGAAAACCUGAGAGCCUGAAGGUGGCAGCCCUGGGAUAAGCAGCCCUUUCUGUGGGCAGUAGGAACCUUCCGGUCCAGAGGAGUGGCUGUCCCUCACCUGGACUUAUGACCCGCGGCCUCGUCCCCAGCCCGCCUACUGAGUUCCACAAGAUGGGCUCCUUCCGCAGGCCCAGACCGCGCUUCAUGAGCUCUCCGGUGCUCAGUGACCUGCCCCGAUUCCAAGCCACGCGGCAGGCCCUGCAGCUGAGCUCCAACUCGGCCUGGAACAGCGUCCAGACAGCUGUGAUCAAUGUCUUCAAAGGCGGAGGCUUGCAAAGCAACGAGCUCUAUGCACUGAACGAAAAUAUCAGGCGGCUGCUGAAGAGUGAACUUGGAUCGUUCAUUACAGACUAUUUCCAGAACCAGCUUCUUGCAAAAGGACUGUUGUUUGUGGAGGAGAAGAUUAAGCUGUGCGAAGGUGAAAAUCGCAUUGAGGCUCUGGCUGAAGUCUGGGACCACUUCUUCACUGAGACUCUCCCCACCCUGCAGGCAAUAUUUUAUCCAGUCCAGGGCCAGGAGCUGACCAUCCGCCAGAUCUCCCUGCUGGGCUUCCGAGACCUGGUCCUGCUCAAGGUGAAGCUGGGCGACCUGCUGCUUCUGGCCCAGUCCCAGCUGCCCUCGUCCAUUGUCCAGAUGUUGCUCAUCCUGCAGAGUGUUCAUGAGCCCACCGGCCCAAGUGAGGGUUACCUGCAGCUGGAGGAGCUGGUGAAGCAAGUGGUUUCUCCUUUCCUGGGCAUCAGUGAGGACCGCAGCGCCUCAGGCCCCGUGUACACGCUGGCCAGGCGCCACUCCCGGGUCCGGUCCAAGGUCACUGUCCUGAACUACGCUUCCCCGAUGGCCACCAUCAGCCGGCCACUGAAUGAAAUGGUCCUGACCCCCCUGACAGAGCAAGAGGGGGAGGCCUACCUGGAGAAGUGUGGCAGUGUCCGGCGGCACACGGUGGCCAAUGCCCACUCGGACAUCCAGCUGCUGGCCAUGGCCUCCAUGAUGCACCCGGGGUUAGGCGAGGAGCCCAGUGCCGAGGACAAGUGCCUGCUCCUGCCACCCAGCUUCUCCGCACCCCACCGCCAGUGCUCCAGCGAGCCCAACAUCACCGACGGCCCCGACCAGGCGGAGGAGGUGGCCGGGGGCAGCCAGGAGGACUCGGAGGCGAACAGUGCUUCCCUCGGCUGAAUGCCCAGCUCCAGGACGUCCCAGCUCCGGCCUAGCAACCAGGAUAAGGACGGUUCCAUCCUGUGAAUCACCAAGGGGCUCCUCCUUUGGGCAACUGCUGCCUCCUGUCUUCUUGGGGACAGGCCUAGCCUAAGUGCCCUCGGGGAACCCUAGUUGUAAACCUCUCCGUUUUCGUGACUGUGACCACCCCUUCGCAGCCACACGGACCCAACUGCCUAAUAUUCACUUGCUGACUUCCAGCCUUGCCUGCCUGACUUGGAUCCUCAUCGCUGGGCUCUCGCCCUUCAGAUGCUGGACCGUCCGAUGGUCCCAACGACGUAUCCCAGUGCCCUUGGCAUUGCCAUAGCAGGGGGUUAUCUGAGCAGCGCGUGAAGCCAGCAAGGAUGUGUUGGCUUUUGGAGUUCCCCUUUAGGUCUGGUGAGGCAGAGGCUUGUGGGUGAAAAGAUACCUCUCCUCCUCUGUGUGUGUCGGUGCGAAGGGAGAGGAGAGAGCAGCCACUACCUACCAGGGCUCUGGGCCAAGUGCCUUCCUUGUUUCAGGCUCAGAAUUACUGGGAAAGAAUCACCCACUGGCGGUAGGGUCCAUCCGCACCUCCAUCCGGGUCCAGCAGGGUGGGGCCCGAAGGCAGGGGAAACCUGGCUUGGAUGAAGACUCUGCAUUGCCCUCUCAGGCUUCCUCCUGAGCUCGAGGAACUAACCUCCCUGGUGGAGUAGCUGAUGCCUUCAUCCCUUUUACUUUAGAGACGGACCGUUUUCUGUUUGUCGUGGGUGAAGGGCCGGCUGAUACCGACCCACAAGUGUGUUCCUGGAUUUGACUUGAAUUUUCAAAGCGUGCAUCGUCUCGAAAACAGUUGUUUGCAAAUAUUUGCACAUAGGAUGUUUCACUGCUCCUUUCCGACGGCGUGUGUCUUCAAGCUGAGAAAUAAGGACGCCCUCCAGGGAAGGGAGACUGGACGGGUUCGGGGGCGAGAGUGGUCCGUGGUGGGCAGGGUUCAGAGGCCGCGGAACUCGAGCAGCUGGAUUCACAUCCAGAAUGGCCUGUGUGUGUGAGCAUCGUGGUUUGUAGGAGAAGCUGCAGCGAGGUAGGGAGACAGCUUGCCUUGUGGGCAGACGGUUGCAGCAAAUGGAAUGUCUCCACGCUUCCCAUGGGGGGAGAUGGAGGAGACGUCCAUUCCCCGUGAUUAAAGGAGAAUCUGGGUGCGCUGGGAAUUUCUGACGUGGGAGCUCUCCACGUGCGGUCGGGGCAGCAGGCUCUGGGGCUGCGCUGCCUCCGCACCCUGCUCCCCCGGGUCUGGGCUCGCGGUCCAUCUCAGACCUCUGUUCUGCUCUGAAUUCACCUGUUGGCCCCACUCACAACAGGUCCAGGAGAAAGGAGAAGGCUCCCCUGGACCCUUCUGGCACCCUCUAGGUACCCUAUUAGGCUUGGAAGCUCUGUGAAUAAAAUCUAGAGACGUGAGUCAGCCUGGCUUCCCCUGGGGGGGCGGGGGGCGGCUACGAGGGCAGAGGACAGUUGCGGCAGCUCCCCGAAGCCUUGACAACCUUUCCCUUCCAGGGGAAGAUCUGAAACGUGACCAGAGUUGUGCUUCUGAUGGCUUGUGAUUGGGACAUCGUGUCUAACGUGUUGUUUCAUGUUCAUCCUGCUACAAGAGUGAUGGGAGGGAGAUGUUCACAGGAGACCUGAGAAUUUCAAACGACAACAAAAAAUCUUGGGGUGUGCGUUGGAUAAAGCUCACAGAUGGAUGAACACGCAUUAGCAGAUGGCACAUCAGUAGGUAACAACCCGACAAUUUAUUUAGCUGAUGGCUUCUGUCCUGUGGUACACUAAGCACUGGGGACUGGUAUUUAUCGAUCCAGGCAAAGUAAUUAAUGAUGCUUGGGUUUGGGUUAUUUUUUUCCUGUUUACAACAUUAGCAAUACACAUGCUUUUAAAUGCCUUUCCCAUACCGCAAAUGACCCUGAUGAGGACAGCAGUCACUGGGUCAAAUGUGUGGGUUCAGACGGGGAGUGCCGGGCCAGACCCGGGGGACUAAAUUUUGCCGGUGACUGGUAGCCGGGUGUACAGCUCCACCUGGAUGUACACGCCUGAGGUUUGCACAGCAAACAUUUCGGACUGUACAUAGGAGAAUUGUGUUCGGGUUCAUGGGCAUCUUAACACUCUCAGAGCUGGUGCAAGGGGGACAGUUGUUGUGUUUUAACCACUGCCUCUGCCCUUUAUGAGACAAAGAUUCAUCUUUGUUGUCUGAGCGAGGAUGUUCCUGUGGCUGAGGUUUAAUGACAGGAAGCGAUCAUGACACUAAACUCUGAGCGAGCUCACAAACCAAAACCCUUCCACAGUGUCUGUCUCCAACAUGGAUUCAAUAAAGAUCAUUUCGUAUGCAUUACC